AUGGCGGCCCCUCUUAUUACCACCGGCACCCCUCUCGCCAUUCGUGUACCAAACGCAGCUACUACACCAGCAGCGAAUGAUCCUCUCGCCCUGCCACCAGGAACUACUUCAGAGAAGUUCGCAGAGUUCAUUUCUCGUGCUGAACAAACAACUGGUGCUGAAAAUGUCAUCAUUAUCAAGAAGAAAGAAGAGCUCACAAAGGAGCUCUACACUGACCCUUCCAAAGCGCACGAUAUGUACCACCUCUUCGACAAAGAUUACUUCGUCGUAUCUGCCACCGUCGCACCCCGCAACGUCGAAGAAGUCCAAGCAAUUGUUAAACUCUGCAACGAGUAUGAGAUUCCGCUUUGGCCAUUCUCAAUUGGCAGAAAUGUAGGAUAUGGAGGAGCAGCUCCAAGAGUUCCUGGAAGCAUCGGUCUGGAUAUGGGCAAAAAUAUGAACAAAGUGCUAGAAGUCAACAGUGAAGGAGCAUAUGCGCUAUUAGAGCCAGGUGUGACAUUCUUCAGUCUAUAUGACUACCUGAAGGAGAAGAAGCUAGACGAUCAACUCUGGAUUGAUACACCGGAUUUGGGUGGCGGCUCUGUCGUUGGAAACACCAUUGAGCGUGGUGUAGGAUAUACCCCAUACGGAGAUCACUUCAUGAUGCAUUGCGGUCUCGAGGUCGUGCUUCCUACCGGAGAGCUCAUCAGAACAGGUAUGGGUGCUUUGCCCGAUCCAACGCAGCCAACAGUUGAGGGCGGAAGUUUGGAUCAACAACCAGGAAACAAGUGUUGGCAGUUGUUUCCUUAUGGUUUCGGCCCAUACAACGAUGGUAUCUUUUCGCAGAGCAACCUCGGUAUUGUGACAAAGAUGGGUAUUUGGGGGGGUUAUCAACCUUAUCUCAUCACCUUUCCAAAGGAUGCCGACUUGCCAAAGAUCGUUGACGUCAUCCGUCCCCUGCGAUUACAGAUGGUCAUUCAGAACGUUCCUUCAAUCCGACAUAUUUUGCUUGACGCAGGAGUAAUGGGAACUAAAAAAUCAUACUACGAUGUUGAUCGUCCUCUUAAUGAAGAAGAACUAGAUGCCAUAGCCAAGAAACUCAACCUUGGACGCUGGAACUUCUAUGGUGCUUUAUACGGCCCCAAACCUGUACGCGAUGUCCUCUGGCAAGUCGUUAAGGAUGCUUUUGGAACUAUUGAAGGUGCCAAAUUCUUCCUUCCAGAGGAUAUCAAGGAGAAGUGUGUUCUUCAUAUCCGUGCCAAAACGCUACAAGGUAUUCCAACGAUUGAUGAGAUUGCCUGGGUAGAUUGGCUACCCAAUGGUGCUCAUCUUUUCUUCUCGCCUAUCUCUAAGAUCAGUGGUGAAGAUGCAAGCAAGCAGUAUGCUCUCACCCAAAAGAUGACUCUAGAGGCCGGGUUUGAUUUCAUCGGAACUUUCACCAUCGGUAUGCGCGAGAUGCAUCAUAUCGUAUGCUUAGUAUUUGACCGUGAAGAUGAGGAUCAAAAACGACGCGCCCACAAGCUUAUCCGUGAGCUCAUCCAAGUCUGUGCCGAUAAUGGAUGGGGAGAAUAUAGAACUCAUAUCGCCUUGAUGGACCAGAUUGCAGAAACCUAUGGUUGGAACGAUAAUGCGCAGAUGAAGUUGAACGAGAAGAUCAAGAACGCUCUUGACCCCAAGGGUAUUUUAGCACCCGGAAAGAAUGGAGUAUGGCCGGCAUCAUAUGAUCGUUCAGCCUGGAGAUUAGAUGCCAAUUCCGAAAGAACAAGAUCUUGA